AUGACACUUGAACAGCUGGAAGCAAACCAAGUCUCGAUGAGAACAGACAUUGACUCCAUGCAGGCAAAGAUGGAUCGUCUGCUUGAAACUAUGUUGCUCUUAGCCCAGAAGGAGAAGGAUGCUGAGACUAACGCUGAAGCCAGGAAAGUUGCUGCCGAGUUUGGAUCGCCAUCACUUAGCAUCCCUGGAGUGACUGAACUUGAUGGUAAUCCCGCUCAGCCUAGAGGAGGACCGAUCCCUAUUCCUGUUCCCAUGGUCAAUAUGAACCCCCGUGAGCACUCUGCUACAUCUGCUCGACACGGAUCUGUGAUAGGUGAUGAAGAUCCAUACGACGCCUUCUUCAUGCCACAACCUGCCAAACCUGCUGUUGGAGGUCUCCCAGACCCUGCUGUUGAGAGACUUCACGCAUUGGAAGAGAAAUUCAAGUCCUUGGAGGUUCACACUACUCCCGGUUUGGAUGCUGUCGAUAUGUGUUUGGUGCCAGGCCUCGUGAUUCCGCAGAAAUUCAAAGUCCCAGACUUUGACAAAUACAAAGGGAUCAGCUGCCCAAGAACACACCUCCGAGCCUACUGUCGCAAAAUGGCUGCCCACAUCAAGAGAGGUCAGGUCCAGUCAUGGAGGGACCUUGCUGAAGCUUUCCUCAGGCAUUAUCAGUACAACACUGAUUUAGCGCCCAACCGCACACAACUGCAAGACAUGACUCAGCGCAAUAAUGAGUCAUUCAAGGAAUACGCACAGCGCUGGAGAGAGCUUGCAGCUCGCGUCCAACCUCCUCUUCUUGAUAAAGAAUUAAUCGACAUGUUUAUGGGAGCCAUGCACACCCAGUACAUGGAAAAGAUGGUAGGAUCCAGCUUCCCAACUUUUGCUGAGGUUGUCUCUGUAGGAGAACGGAUUGAAAGCCAGAUCAAGAAGGGAAAGCUACCUUGUGCUGCUAAUGCUUCAUGUGGAGUGAAGAAGCCUUAUCCUAAUCUCCCAAAGAAGCCAGAAGGUCAGACCAACGCCAUCAUGAGAGGAGGAGGAUAUAGGGCACCUCCAUAUGCUCCUACACCUUACGAUCAGGUUGCCGCUGUCAUCCCGACACCGUAUCAGCCACCAUAUCAGCAACCACAUCAGCGACAAUAUCAACAGCCAUAUCAACAGCCGGCUUACCAGCAGCCACAUCAAAAUCAACAGCAACGUGCUCCACAACCACGUCAACCUAAUCAGCAGAGGGCAAGGAGGCCAGAAAGACAUUUCGAUCCUUUGCCAGUGUCAUACAGCAAGAUCCUCCCCUACCUGCUAAAGGAUGGAUCGCUUUCUUCGACUCGCUUUGCCGGCAACAACCGCGAAAUCGCUUCGUCGCCGCCUUCAAACCACAGCCUUCACGCAGCAACAUCUCCCGUGUUCUCGUUUCAAUAUCACAAUAGCAUCCAACGCUACCGAGAUGCAAUAACCCUGGUUCCAGCUAAGCUUAUUUCUUUGGUCUUAGAAAUUGAUUAUAUGGACUGUUAUGUCAAUACAUUUCUAAUUGUAAAUCUAUGA